AUGAGAGCAGGCUGGCCUCGAUUGACGUUCUCCAUCCCUCCCGUCUUCAUUGUCUUCGAGGCUUCAAGUCACUGGAACCAAGCCGCACCAAUCUCAAGCUCACAUCGCCAGCAAGAUCGACGCUUCAAGAUGACCUACCACGGCAGGCACGCCCCAGGAGUCCGUCACACCUACGACCAUAAGCACCACUCCCGUCGCUCGUCAGUCCUCAACGCCACUCGCAAGACUAUGAGCUCGGACGAGAUCCGUGGCGCCCUCAACAGCUCAAAGUUGGCACUGCAUGCCCCACAUGGUCAGCCGCUUACGGUUGCGUAUAUCAAUGGGAAGCUUGACGUUAAGAACGGGUAG